AUGGCUUCUACAAGUAAAAGAAAUUCUGCAGUGAGAAUUCAAACUACAUUUUGCCCUGAAGGUGGAGUCUGCAAGGACGGAUUCCUUAUCAAAUCACCACCUCCUCAACUUUUCAGCUCACAGAAUUCCUGGAAAAGGCGUCUUUUUGUCCUGUCCAAAUCCAGCACAGGGAAUUACAUCCUGAAGUAUCUAAAAGGCCAACACGUGAAAGGCUCCAUAGCUGUUGAUCAAAUCAUAAGUAUUCAAGUUGGCAUAAGUAAUGCUGAAAUUAUGGAAACGGUGAGGAAGAUGUUUAAGUGCCUUCCUGAGCAGGUGAUGUCCAUCAGCACUGGAAACAGGCGUUACUACCUCAUUGGGGACAGCAGGCAGGAAAUAGACGACUGGGUCACUCUGAUAUCUUCAGUCUGCAGGGAGGACAAAAGUGGAUGCUGCCCUCAGAACCAAGAUCUUCCAAAUCCAGAAGUCAGAAGCCGGACUUCCUCUUUGCCACUCUUCCUGAGUUCUGUAGAUAUGACCAGCCUUCCUGACAGGCAAAGCUACCAGAAGGAGAAUGGCUUCUCAGAAGACAAGAACAGGCCUUAUUCAGAUCCUGGCACCCAUCAGGCUCAGUGUGACUCACCAAGAGGAGUUUUUCCAAGCCUGCAGGAUAAAAUUCUGGGAAGAAGUGAGGAAAACCUGCUGCUGUCAGAUCCAGAGGAAAACAUCAAAAAGGACGAAGAAGAUUAUUACCAAACUCCCAGCAGUGUUUUAGCUAAGUGCACUACUGAAGUAUUAAAGCCUGACCCUACAGCUGAGUCUGAUGUCCCUGAGCAAGAGAAGCCAGUGCAGAACAGCCCAGUAAAGGAGAACAUUUAUAUGUCAAUGAAAUCACUUAAGCUGCUGGAUGGGACGUGCCAGCUCAUGUGCAGACAUGAUGGGCUCCCAUCCCCUCCCAAAUGCCAGAACAGCAGUGCAUGUCCAAGAGACUUGGAAACAGACAAAGGCACAAAACUCCCAGAAAGCAGCACCAGCCUGCAGCCAACCCUCCAGAGAAGGCAAAACUCAUUACCCCUCUCAGUGGUUCACUUGUCUAUACUGCUCAGUCAAGUUACAGAUGAGAUGCAGCUGCAGAAAUUGGAUAUUUUCGUACCCCUGGCUGAUAUUAACAAUUACCUAAAACUUACUGAAGCAGCAGGACGAAUAUGCAUUUCACAGUGGGCUGGUCCUCUCAGGCUGGGGUGUUUGUUUAACCAUGGAGACCAUGUGGUGGCUGUGAAUGAUCUGCAGCCCCAGGGUGUGGAGGAGGCUUUCUUCUUCAUCAGCAGGUCCACGAGAAAGGAGGUGAAACUUACUGUAUGUAGGAUUCCACAUUCAGAUAUCUUCCAUGCUAAAGGCUGCUCAUGUUCCUGA